UGAAAGCUGGUAGUCAUGGCUGUGCCGCCAGAGAAUUUGCUGUCCUUUAGCCAUCUGACCAACGCAAAACCAAACACUUUUAUGAAAAAACAAGAACAUUAUGUACCGAGGAGUAGAGAGCUGCAGCUUCAGCAGCAGUGGCUGGAGCUGAAGGACCGAGAGCGUGUCGCCCAACAGCACAACAGACAGCUUCUGCAGCAGUUUGAGAGGGCCCAGGAGUCCCUGAGAGACAUGCUGGCCCGCAAUGCCGCCAUGAAAACCAUUCGGAUGGAGUAUGAGAGAUAUCUGGAGGAGAACACCCCUCGCUGGCAGCAGCAAUUCCAGGAGAAGAGACAGGCGGCUCAGAAAAAGAAAAUGGAAAACUAUUUGAGGUCAUAUAAGACAGAAGAAGAAGAUGUAUUGCAUUCUGCAUUAAAUGGGUCUCUACUUUCACAAGGUCUUCCCACAGGGACACAAAAAAAAGUUGCUCCACACUCAUUUUCCAUGCACGAGUUAUCUGAUCACAACCCAGAUGUCUCUUCCCAGCAUCCCCUUGUACAGUCCUCCUGGUUAACCCAAACUCAGACCCCGAUUGGUAGAUUUCCUAUGAGAGCGCCUGCUAUGCCCCAGAGCUCCCCUUUUCUCCCUGCAGCCAACUUCCCACAUCUUCACCCAUAUAUGCCCCCCCACCCUGCCUUCAUGCCCGGUCCUCAUCACCCACAGCCCAGGCAGGACUGGGCUCCCCCACUGCCCAGCCACCCCUGGCCCUGGGGGUCUGGGAUCCCUCCAGAGUCCUGGGACCAGUUCUACAACGAGGAGCCUCCUCUUGAACCCAGGGUCUCGCAAACUGGGAGGGAGGAAUAUGAGCCCGGUAGAGCACUGAGCUCAAAGAGGGAGAGUGGCGGUAGAAGGGACAGCAGUGGAUUGUCCCAGGAGCUGGACGUCAAACCAGUUCGUCUUCCCAGCGGUCACACAGAGAGCAGUGAGAGUGGCAGAGAUUCCAGCCUGACCUGCAGAGAGAGGAGAAAAAAGGAGAAAAGAGGGAAAACGCAGCAUUCCUCCUCUGACAGGGAAAGACAUGGCUCCAAGGAGUCAUCCAGGACUUCGAGUGAAAUCAUCAUCGCAUCUGCCGCAGUGGCCAAAAGUUCAGAGAGAGAGACCUCAUCUGAGGCUGGCAGCACCAAAAGCAGCAGGAAGCCCAAAAGAGGUGGGGGGCUUUUAGUUGAAUCUCCAAUACCUGAGUCGGGGGCAAACCAACAAAGCAAGGUGAAGGAAGAUGAUUCAGAACGUCACAAUCCAGAGAGUCGGUCUGACUCUGAAAGUCCCGGAGAAAAAGAAAAGGUGAGGGAUCAGAGCCAUGCUGACGAACCAGAGACAUGUGGAGUGGAGGAGAAACCAGGAAGUGAGAGCACAAGAGCUGGAAAUGGAGUUAAAGAUGAAAGAGGAAAGCAGGAGAGCAGCAGCUGUGAGCAAAGCAGCCCAGAGGAAGAGGAGGAGGGAGAAGGCCCUAAAAAUCAGAGAGAUGAAGAUGAGAAAGACAACAGCCAUAGAAAUGAAAAAGACAGCGAUGUGGAAGAUAAGGAGAAAGAGGUUUCUGAUGGAAAGAAUACAACAGAGGAAGAAGAAGGAGAGACAGCAGAAGAGGAUGAAGAGGACGAGGAACAGUCAAAAAGUUCGAAAAAUGAAGAAAGUGAGAAGACAAAACAGAUUUCCGAUUCCUCUCAGGAUGAAGAGGAGAGCCAAAGCAUUGAGGACAAGAGAGGAUCUAAUGAGGAAGAAGAUGGGGAGGAUGAGAAGGAAAAGGACCACAAAGGCCAAAAAGAGGACCGAGAUUCAGACGACAGUAUCAUCUCACCACAGGAAAAGAGGUCUAGACAGGUGCAGACUAUUACUGAGGAAGCUGAGGAUGACGAUAACCAUGAGGAGGAAGAUGAGGCAGGAUCCUCACCAGACUGUUCGGAUGAAGUCAGCGACGGGGAAGAGAUUGAAAAUCUUCUGGCGCCGCACAGGCAACCAAUCGAGACCAAAGAAAAAGAAGAGACACCUGAUAAGAGGCCCAGGGGCUCCAAUAUGGACAUCUUUCAGGUGACGAGUCAGCAGAGUGACUCCGAUGAGUUCGAUCACUUUUAUGACUGAAUGUCAGUCCAGAGAAACCUACUUCAAAUACAUUGCAGAUUACUUGAAAGUAUUUUGUGUUUCCGUCAAAGACUUGGAGCAGGUAGAAGAGACAAGCAGAACUGGAACCUAUGCUAUUUCUGCAUGGCACAUGCAGUAAAACAGAUUAACACCCUUUCUUUCAUUAAAAAAAAAACAGACGUUGAGGAAAAAUCUGUACAAAUGAUGACA